UUUUAUUGUUCUGUUGAUUAGACACUCUAGAAGAAGCUCUACGCUUGAUAAGAACGUCCUUAAACUCUCCUCAAAUGGAUGUAGAGGGGGCCCACUAUGAUCAAAACAUCACUCACCUGAUUGUUGUGAUGGGUGCUUCGGGAGAUUUAGCAAAAAAGAAAAUCUACCCAACUCUUUGGAUGUUGUUCCGCGAUAAAUUGAUUCCAGACAAGACAUUCAUUUAUGGAUAUUCCAGAUCAAAAUUAAGUAUGGAACAACUAAUAAGCAACGUUUCACCAUAUUUAAAAUGCAACGAAAAUGAGAAAGAACGUCUUGCCGAAUUCUGGUCUUACAACUUUUAUAUUGCUGGGUCUUAUGACAUUUCUGCUGAUUACCGCACUCUGAAUGUAAAACUUUCCAAACACGAGAUUUCUGGUACCUCUAACAGGCUGUUCUAUUUGGCUAUACCACCCUCGUUGUUUGAGGUGGUUACCUCAAACAUCCAUGAAACAUGCAUGGAUCAUAAAGGUUGGACUCGUGUUAUCAUUGAAAAGCCUUUUGGUCGGGAUGCUGCUAGUUCAUUGAAACUUUCUGACCAUUUGUCCAAGUUGUUCAGUGAAGAUCAAGUGUACCGUAUUGAUCAUUACCUGGGCAAAGAGAUGGUUCAAAAUCUCAUGACACUCAGGUUUGGAAACAGAAUAUUGAACACUGGAUGGAACAGAGACAAUAUUGCACAGGUGCAAAUAACUUUCAAAGAACCAUUUGGGACCGAAGGACGUGGUGGAUAUUUUGACAGUUUCGGUAUAAUCCGUGAUGUAAUGCAAAAUCAUUUACUCCAGAUCCUUAGUUUGGUAGCCAUGGAAAAGCCAGCUACUAUACAUCCCGAUGAUGUUCGAAAUGAAAAAGUUAGAUAUCUGGAAACAGCUGUG